AGAUCAAUUUAAUUUUUUGUAUUUUAAAAUGUACCGGGUAUCAGUUGGCUCUUAAAGCAGUGAUCUGCCCUCCUCCAUAAUAUACAAUUUCCUUCACAGGAUUUACGGAGGGAUUUUGUUUAUCGUCUAAGGAUGUUGGGUAUCAGUUGGCCCUCAAAGCAGUGAUGUUCCCCCCUCCAUAAAAUACAAUUUCCUUCACAGGAUUUACAGAGGGAUUUUGUUUAUUGUCUAAGGAUGUUACGGAUUACUGCACAUUUCCUUCUGUUCCUGUUCAUUCAAAUUCAAGGAGAAAACUGUAUUAAACCUAUAGUGGCAAUUAAUACAGAAGUGCCUCAUGAAUCGGAGAGAGAAACCAGUCAUCUCAAAUACAUUGGGGAAAUAAGCAUGAGAAAGGAGGAGCUUUGCACGCUACGGCAUGAUCCUGAAAAUGAACUCUCUCAUUUGCGCUAUUGUAUGGAGCUGAAAUUGGAGCCCAAUACUAGUGUCAAAGGACCAUUUGAGCACUUUGUGCAGUAUUUUAACUGGCUAAAAUUAGGUGUAGUCAAUUCAGUGAUUCCUGGAGAUAGUGUGGGACCAUUAGGAGCUCAACUAACUUUUGGAGUUAGUAGAAAGCAUAUUCCUAAAAGAGGUGAACAUGAAACAGUUGAAGAAAAGCUGGUCAACAUUGAUGCUGUCAUGAUCCUUCUGAAAGAAAUAUUUGGGUGUAUUGCAGAGAAUUGCGAUAAUAAAUACAAAAGUGCAUGGUGCCAAAGAAUUUACAGAACUCUUCUCUUAGAUGCAGUUCUGGUUAACUCAAGGUCAAGUGGUGCUCUGCAUGGAUUGCUUUCACAACCUCCAUUGGAUACUUUUAUGGGCUCUCCAAUAUGGACUCGAUUUGAGAAUUUAGUGGGAUUCUGGCAUGAGUUUAUGCUUUGUAGUCCUGAAAAGUCACAAUUUUGCGAAUAUUCUUCUUUGUCUUCAUUAAAUGCUGAGGAUGGAAACCACCUUUGUGAUAUAACUUCUACUUUUCUAAUGAUGCUCACUAAAAGAUCAGAUCUUUGGCACCGACAUUCUACAAGUCAAUGGUUGACCAAGCAGUUUAGCUUAUUGAUAAAUCAUGAGGAAAGACAAGGUUUAUUUAUCACCUACUGCGAAAUAGGCUCCCAGGAGUCACAUUCAGCAAAUGCAAAUAUGAUAGAUUCAGACAAGUCAGAUUCUCCUUCCGCAAAUGCAAAUAUAGUUAAAGAGUGUUAUACAGAUCUCUCUUCAGAGUUAGAAAUGAUUGAUCUUCAGCGUGUGCUAAUUGGAAAAGGUGCCCAUCGCCAUCUGAGUUCAUUCAUGAAAUUUAAGUAUCACUCGCAACCUUCUAGUGCACUGCCUCAUCAAUUUUGUGAAAUAGUUAUGAUGGAGAGGCUUCAAUCUGGCAUAUUUGUUGAUCCUUUUGAACUACAACGCCUUGUAAAUCGUGGUGCACUUAAUGCAGCUUUUGUAUAUGGAGAUGCAAAUCUGGAGUUGCCAGCACGACAUUCACAUCAGUCAAUUGUGGAAGUUCGUGCAGCCAUAAAUGUUGAUUCUGCUACUUUGUUUGGAAACAAUUUUGAAUUUGAACUGAAAGUUGACCUGCCUUUGCAUGCACGUUAUCCGGCUCUUGGGACAGGAGUUUAUUCAGUUGUGAACAUUAAUAUUCCGCAUGUUUUGAUGCACUGUAUACAUGAAAGCAACAUGCUAAAUCUUAAAACUUCAAGAACCGUACAAACACAUGAAAAUGAGACACUGACAUGGGUCACAUGGGGUAGAGGCACUCUGCAUAUGCCUGAGGUCUUAAAGUGGAAGAUACCUGCGGGAAAUCAGUUGCAUGCACAUUUUGUGACGAUUGUUACUUCAUUGUCAGCCCUAGCAUCCAUUGUGGCCAUAAUUUUAGCUUCGUUGUACUCUUUCCAUUAUUCUUGACAUCCCAGAGAAUUUGGAAUUAGUGCUUGGAUGAGAUUUCUUUUGAUAUGUCAAUAUGUUACAAUAUCGAAGUCAAAACAUGAAUGAGUGAUUCCAACCAACUUAUUGAUAAAGAUAUGAAUCACAGAUGGAUGCUAAUGGAGUUCUACUUUUUUAUGGAGCCUUGAGGAAGUGUGGCUAGGAUGGUCCUUUGGAGGCAGCAGUUUUAUGAUAGCCCCUUUAGGAUACCAUCUUACGUGUCUUGUAUUUUCAGUGAUGGUCCCUUGAGGAAAAUCUGAAAGUAGGUUGAUAUGAGAUCAAUAUCCAGUUAUCACAACCAUAUGGUUAUUGUUGAGUACAUGGAGGAAUAGUUAUGCAAUGUUAACAAGCAGCUUGUUAACUCCAACUGGUUGAUUAAUCUACCAUUUAGUGGGCAGUAGAUCUUGUUUAUAAUUUAUUUUACUCUAGAUCCAUUCAAAGUAACUCUGUUUGAACUGAUUUCUUAACAGUGAUCUUCCUAAUUACCUCAUAGUUAGAAGCAUGCAAUGGCUUACUUCGGCUG